CAAUCCCCGAAUUCCAGGAAAUAAAAUCGACUGCGCAGUAGAAAGAAAGGGGUAGGGCUGGGAUAAAAUGAGAGAGGUGGAGACGUCCUUUGGGUGAAGAAGUAAAAACGACACAGCUUUUGCGAGACACAAAGAAAUUGCCAGACAAAUCGAAACGGUCAAACGUACCAUUGGCCAAUUAUUUUUCUGUUUCAUAAUGAACAAUGUCGCACACUGUCUUCUCAUGGAGGAGCUGAUGAGCUUGAUACACGUAGCUUCAGCUCUUUACCCAAUGUUGCAUCGUGGAAGGAUCAGCUCAACUACAGAGGAAGGUGUACCUAUCAGAAAAUUAUUCAUCGGAAAUUUGGCUGAACGUACGACGAACAAAGAUCUGCAGAAGCUGUUCUCGAAAUUUGGAAAGGUGGACAGUUGUUACAUCAAGAGAACCCAGAGAAGAAGUAGUUUUGCAUUCGUGACAUUCAGCGGAGUUGAUGCUGCAGUAAAAGCUCGUGAGGCUGCUAAGAAGAUGGAGGUGCAUCUGCACUGCAGAAUCCUUCGAGUAUCACCAGCUGAUACGUGGCAUCAGCCAGAUAGCCUUGAGAAUCAGAUGAGAUUCCUGAAAAACAAGGAGGGCCACGAGGAUGAGGUAGUAGAGCAGUUGCCACAGGAUGACUCUCCCAUCCAAGUUCUCAAUGACGACUGCUUCAUUGAGAUAUUCUUGCACCUUCCAAUUGCGGACAGAGUCCGAAUAGAGAGAGUAUGCAAAAGGUGGCAAAGCCUCGCCCAAGAGUCGUGGAGAUCGGUAAAAAAAUUGGACCUGGUGAAAGAGCACUGGGGCAUCUCCCCAAAAGCUCGUCUUCAAAUGUUGGAUACUAAUACCUUGAGAAAAGUCCUAAUGAAGUGUGGACAAUUCCUUGCACACCUCGACCUCUCAAUCGUUGCCUAUGGUUUGACGUCCAGUACAUUGACGAUCGUUGGGAAAUUCUGUCCCAAUCUUGAGUUCCUCAAUAUCAGAGGCCUGGAACUUUCACCCUCUGGAAUCGCUUCUCUCAUGAAAAAUUGCCAGCACAUGACGAAAUUCGUGAUGAAGUCAUUGAAUGGUCCAUGUGAAAAGAAUCUGUCACAGCUAUUUGCUAUGAGUACGAAAUUACAGAGUCUUGAAAUCCAGGAUGAAUCAAUUAAUGGAAAGUGCCUUGGAUACUUGCCAACUGACACCAUUGAAGAGAUUUCCAUGUCUAGGUGCAUAUCAUUGCAGUCAACUCACUUCGACUCUGCAGUCGUAAAAUUCACUGCUUUGAGGAAAAUCACGUUGAAAUCCUGCAUUUGUUUGUUAAACAGCUCUUUAAAAGCUAUUGGAACAAUCGAGAGUUUGACACACCUGGAGCUCAGUGGAGAUUACGCAAUGUUUUCUGCCGUACAUAUGAAUCAUUUAGUCAAUCUUAAGAAUCUCGAGCAUCUGAAUCUCAGUCAUCAUAUUUGUGUCACUGAUGACUUUCUCGUUAAUGUCUCUAAAAAUUGCAAAAAACUCAAUUAUUUAGAUAUUACUGGGUGCAUGAAUGUCACUGAUAGGGCCAUUGUCAGCUUAUCGGCACUGUCAAAGCUGGAGACUUUGGUGAUAAGUGGGGUGACACAAGUGACCGAUAAACCUCUCGCCACUCUCCACAAUUUGAGGGUUCUGAAGGCCUGCAAAUGUCCUCUUGUCAGGGACUCCGGGGCUAUCGAUCUCAUUAGAAUGGCACCGAAUCUCGUGUUACUCGAUCUUUCCAGGUCUUCCAUAUCUGAUUUAACUAUCCAGGCUGCUAUUUCUAUCACUAAACGACGAACAAAUAAUUUAAUGCUCAAGCUUAUUGUUGGUCAGACUAAUGUUAAGAAGUCACAAGUCUUGGGGGUGUCUCCACUUUUACAAAUCGUUAAUGUCGAUAUGUCCUGAAAAUUACUCUACACGCAGAAAAAAUUUUAUGCUCGUCCUUGGGAACCAACUCGAGAAUGGGAACAGAUGUGUGAUAAUUGUGUGAAGUCUCUUCGUAAUUGUAGUUUUUUUUCCUUUUUGAAGAAUUUAGGUCGAUUCGCUGUGAAAAUUCUUUUGGCAUUUCAGGGAAAUGUCUGGGAAAUUAAACACUGGAAAUUGGAAUUUCAUUUUGCAGGCAACGAAAAAAUUCCACAUUCCCCACUUAAAUGCUGGAAAUGAAUUUCUAACAGUGCUUUGGAACAAUUUAUAUACAAUUACUGCCAUCAAAGUUCCAUAGACCCGUCUUAACGUCGUCGUAAUGAUUUUCGUAAUUAUAUCGUGUUAUACACUCUCUUCCCUCACUGAAUAAAUCGCAGUGGAAGAAUUCAAACGAUAAAUAUUUGAUAAGUUUUCACUUUUGUACCUAGCAUGUACAUCUAACAUUUACUUUACUUUUGACUUUAUGUUUAAUGCAUCUGAGUUUAUCUUUCUCGCUCACAGACUGAAUGGCAGUGGAAGAACCCAAAGGAAAAAUAUUUGAUAAGUUUUCACUUUUGUACCUAGCAUGUAUUUCUAACAUUUACUUUUGACUGUGUGCUUAAUGUAUCUGAGUUUAUUUCGUUAUUUAUUCACAGGAGUUUAUUUUGUUAAUUCCUCGCAGGAAUUAUCGGUAUUUUUGAAAGAAUAUAUAAUGAAGGAAGAAAUUGGCUUCUCUUCGAAAAAUGUCAGUAUUUCGAGUUCAGUGUUCAUAAUUGUGGGAAUGUCGAGUGUUGCAUUUUCAAGAUAUGGAUAAUAAAUAACAAUAAAUAACA